UUCAAAGCUUAUCGAUCAUACGAUGAUGAUGAUGAUGAUGAUGAUGAUGAUGAUGAUGAUGUUGAUGAUGGUGAUGAUGAUGAUGAUGAUGAUGAUGAUGAUGAUGAUGAUGAUGAUGAUGAUGAUGAUGAAAAUGAUGAUGAUGAUGAUGAUGAUGAUGAUGAUGAUGAUGAUGAUGAUGAUGGCUGAUGAUGAUGAUGAUGAUGAUGAUGAUGAUGAUGAUGAUGAUGAUGAUGGUAAUGUUAGGGACCGAGGAUCGGCCGCGGUGACUCCUUUGCAAUGCAGUCCUUUUACACUUACGGGAACGCCGAGAUCAUGCAACAAAAGCUGGCAACAAAAGCCGGCAAACAUGUGUUGUCAGCAAUUUAGCGUCGGGCCUAAAUAA